GUGACGCAUCAGGGGUGGGAGGGCUGGAGAUCGGUCUCCGUUCCGGGCUGGUAUGUCUGCGCUGGCGAGGCUGGCACCUUUCGGUCGCGUCGGAGGCCGUCUGCUCCGGGGCUGCCCCGUGCGGGCGGCUGGAGACGGUGGAGUCCGUCAUGCUGGCGGUGGUGUGCACAUUCCGCCCAAGUAUAGGGAGUUUCCCCACCUUACCCGGAACCAGGUGAUCCAGGGUGAGUUCUUAAGCUCACUCAUGUGGUUCUGGAUUCUCUGGCACUUUUGGCAUGACUCGGACGCUGUGCUGGGCCACUUUUCGUACCCAGAUCCUUCACAGUGGACAGAUGAAGAGUUGGGGAUCCCUCCUGAUGAAGAGGAGUGAGAGCAUAAACUUAACUCUGUACAAGUAGGAGCAAGUGACUUACCUGGCUGAUAAAGACAACAAGUGUAAGUGGAGCACUGUCUGGCAAGCAUCUUCUUCUGUGAACUCUUUUGAGAAGUAAACACCCAUUUCCAUUUAG